CCCUCGGAGACCGAGAUGUCGUGGAGCCCCGCGACCGCGAGGAAGAGGGCAUUGCAAAGCCAAGACGAGCAGCGAGACCCAAAGCUGCACAAGCCCACGCCCACGCCUACGCCCAUGGAGACCGCCCUCUUCUCCGCCGCCUCCCUCUUCCGCGACGCCGACGACGACCAGGAUGAGAUGCAGGUGGACGCCGAUGAGCAGGUGCAGUCGGUGCAGUACGAGGAAAGAGCCCACAAGUUCCCCGGCAUGGAACUGAAAAUAAGGGAAUUCUCAAGUCAUCAGCUGAAUGCUAACAUGCUAUGGCCUGGGACGUUCUUAUUUGCUGAUUGGCUGGUAAAGAAUAAAUCGAUUCUGCAUGGACGGCGGAUCCUGGAAUUGGGAAGUGGGACGGGAGCUUUGGCCAUCUUCCUGCGGAAGGCAUUUCAAGUAGACAUCACAACCACUGAUUACGAUGAUGGGGAGAUCCAGGAGAAUAUAGCUUACAACUGCAAAGCUAAUGAUUUGGGUGUCCUUCCUCAUAUCCGGCAUACAUGGGGAGAUCAGUUUCCAGUUCUCAUACCAGAUUGGGACAUUGUUAUCGCCAGUGACAUUUUAUUGUAUGUCAAACAAUAUCCAAACCUAACCAGAACAUUAUCCUUUCUCCUGAAAGAAUACAAGGGCUGCAGUCAGAAUGCUGGUUCAAGUGCCAGUACAGCCAUCACGAACAAAUCAGGAACUCAAGUGCCUGUUAAGUUUCCCAUUUUUCUGAUGAGCUGCCGUAGAAGAAUUGGCAAGGACCAGUCCCUCUUCUUCGAAGAAUGCGAAAAGGCAGGCCUGGAAGUACAGCAUCUGGGCGCUCUUGUGUACCUCAUCUACACCAAGCAGUAGCGAAAAUCCAGUGGAUCAUCAUUAGGGUUAGAUUGCUCAAAUGGCAACAAAGGCAUAAAUUCAGUCACAAGCCAGUAAAAUGGAAUUUUCUCAAAUGGCAACAGAGGAAGGCCUAAAUUCAGUCACACGCCAGUAAAAUGGAAAGGAAACAUGGAUUUUUUUGGUAGAGCAUGAAACUGGUAUUUCGUCUUAUUUUCCGUUGACAUUAGUUUUGACCGAGAAUUUAUCUUCUAUACACCCCUUGUCGCUGAUGGGUUUAUACUGCUUUCCUGUACACAUUCUUAUAUGUGGAGAAAUGGUGAAACACUGAAAUGCUAUACAUCGAGAAUUAUGGAUGGAUUAGAAACCAGGCAAAUGCGCUUGGCCAUGUAUUGAUCAAUUGAUGCUUUUUUUUUUCUUUUUGAACAA